AUGGCUCGCCUCACAGCCUUGAUGCUAUUCGCGACGCCAGCCCUGGCAAAGACCAUCAACCUCGACUGGAACAUCACAUGGGUGACUUCCAACCCCGACGGCCAGUUCGACAAGCCCACCAUCGGCGUUAACGGACAAUGGCCGCUGCCACUCAUCGAGGCCACAAAAGGUGACAGGCUCGUUCUCAACGUCAACAACCAGCUCGGUGUUGAGAGCACCAGCCUGCACUUCCACGGUCUGUUCCAAAAUGGCACAAACUACAUGGACGGCGCUGUCGGCGUCACCCAGUGCGCCAUUCCUCCAGGAAAGUCUCUUACAUAUGAUUUCAAGUUUGAUCAAUCAGGCACAUACUGGUACCACGCCCACAACGAUGGCCAGUAUCCCGAAGGUCUGCGUGGCCCCGUUGUCAUCCACGACCCCGAGGGCCCUUACGAGGGAAAGUAUGACGAGGAACUCGUCAUCACCCUGUCGGAUUGGUAUCACCAGUCGACGAGAUAUCUCAUCAAGGAGCUCAUCAGCGUCGAGAACCCCACCGGCGCCGAGCCCGUCCCCAACUCGGCUCUCAUGAACGAUACCCAAAACCUGCAGGUCAAGGUCCAGCCCGGCAAGACCUACCUCAUCCGCCUGGUCAACGUCGGUGCCUUUGCAUCUCAGUACAUCUGGUUCGAGGGCCACCAGAUGCGUGUUGUUGAGGUUGACGGCGUCUGGACUGAGGAGGCCGAUGCCGACAUGCUCUACAUCACCCCGGCGCAGCGCUACAGCGUUCUUCUCACCACCAAGAAGGAUGCAUCGCAAAACUUCGCCAUCGUCGGCUCCAUGGACGAGGAGUUGUUCGAUGUCAUUCCCGACGAACAGAACUCCAACGUCACCGGCUGGCUCGUCUACGAUGAGAAGAAGCCCCUGCCUGAGCCCGCGACCGUAGACGAUUUUGAGGCCGCUUUUGAUGAUGUUGAUCUGGUACCCGUCGACCAUCGCGAGCUCUAUGACAAGGUCGAUUACUCCUUCAGCUUCACCGUCAAGAUGGAUAAUCUGGUUGACGGCGCUAACUACGCCUUCUUCAACGACAAGACCUACGUCGCCCCCAAGGUCCCGUCCUUGUACACCGCCCUCACCGUCGGAGAGAAGAACGCCCUGGACCCCCGCGUCUACGGUACCUACACCAACACGCAGGUCCUCAAGCACAACGAGGUGAUCGAGAUCGUCCUCAACAACGAGGACGACGGCAAGCACCCCUUCCACCUCCACGGCCACCAGUUCCAAGUCGUCCACCGCUCCGACGAGGACGCCGGCGCGUACGCAAACGACAGCAGCAUCAGCUUCCCAAAGUACCCGAUGCGCCGAGACACCCUCGUCGUCGAGGGCAACGGCAACUUUGUGAUCCGCUUCAAGGCUAACAACCCGGGCGUGUGGCUCUUCCACUGCCAUAUUGAGUGGCACAUGGACCAGGGUCUUGUCGCCACCAUCAUCGAGGCGCCCGAGGCGCUCCAGGGGCAGAAGAUCCCUGAGGGACACCUGGAGGCGUGUCGUGCGGGUGGAGUUCCCACCAAAGGCAACGCCGCAGGCAAUACCAAGAAUUUCUUUGACCUGAAGGGUGAGAACAAGCCUGCCGGGCCCCUGCCUGAAGGAUUCACGGCCAAGGGCUAUGUUGCCAUGUUUUUCAGCGUUAUCGCCGCCUUCCUGGGCCUGGCCGUUAUUUCAUGGUACGGUUCUAUGGAGUCUGACCAGAAGGAGAGCGCUGUCGAAGAAGACGAGACAACUCCUCUGGCCAGAGGCGGAGAUGAGUGA